AUGCGUUGUGUUUCCCCCGCACGCAGGAUUCCGGAAUCUAUAUUCUGCGUGGAGAAGCGCCGCCAAGAAAAUCCUGAGUGGAGAGAAGCCGCUUACUCCGUGAGAUGGGAGGAAUUUGUCGCCCAUGGCGCCAGUGUCACGUGCCUUACCCUUGGUCGGAAAUCCGGCAGGGUCCUGGUCACUGGUGGAGAGGACAAAAAAGUCAACCUCUGGGCUGUUGGCAAGUCCAACUGCAUAAUGAGCUUGAGUGGCCACACGUCUUCAAUAGAAUGUGUAAAAUUUGGUCCCUGUGAAGAUAUAGUGUGUGCAGGAUCUUCAAGUGGUUCCCUAAAAAUAUGGGACUUAGAUCCAGCUAAGAUCAUUCGUACAUUGCUUGGACACAAGUCAAAAGUCAACUGUUUAGAUUUUCAUCCCUACGGAGAUUUCGUUGCAUCGGGAUCAUCUGACAAUAAUAUUAAGCUUUGGGAUAAGAGACGAAAAGGAAGCAUCUUUACGUAUAAGGGCCAUAAUAGUCCUGUUCACUCCUUGAAAUUUAGCCCAGAUGGACGAUGGAUAGCUUCAGGUUCUGAAGAUGGUGUUAUUAAGCUGUGGGAUCUGCCAGCCGGAAAAAUGAGGACAGAAUUUCAUGGCCAUAAAGCUGCCGUAACGGACAUUGAAUUUCAUCCCAAUGAAUUAUUGCUGGCCAGUUGCAGCAACGAUCAGUUCGUUAAGUUUUGGGACAUGGAAAACUACAGAAUUGUCUCCAGUUCUGAUGGUGAUAUAGGACCUGUUCAGAAGAUUUACUUCAGUCCUGAUGGUGGAUGCCUUUUCAGUGGUGCUCAAGAUAUUCUUAAAGUAUACGCCUGGGAACCCAUUCGUACAUUAGACACUCUUGUAAUGGGUUGGGGUAAGGUGUCCGACAUAGCUACUGCCGAAAACCAACUGAUUGUUGGAGCUUUUUCACUUACAAAUGUUUCAGUUUAUAUAAUGGAUUUAAAGAAAGUGCAAUCAUUUGACUCGUGGAUAAAAGAAUGCUCAAUGAUUCGGACAUCUGGAACAGAUAGUAGUUCCUAUGAUGAAGAACCUGCCGUUUUCGACGAGGAGUCUUCACAAUUGGUGGACUGCAGAGGAAAUUAUUUGUCUCAUUUUCAAACAGCUACCAUUGAUGGUACAUCCAUUUUGACCGAAGAAGACUUAUCUAAAACGCACGUCCUAGGUUUAGAACUUGCCACUUUUCUACCACCAUUAGAAGAUUCCCCUACAAAGAACUUGUUCAAUUGUACUUACAAAGUGACUAAGGGACUACAAGGAAGGGUUCUACCGACGGCAGUGGCACAUCCUUACAGUUACGAAAGAGAUAAACUGUUAGAAGGUGAAGAGAAAGAAUUAGAAGUAAUACAAUUCCCAGAGCUUGAGCUUAUGCAACAGUCUAGAAGCUAUACUGCCAUUGAAUUAGAUGACUUUUUACCGAGAAAUCUUUUGGAAGAUGCACGUGGUGGAGCUUUAGAGAUAUCGGACGCAGAGGCUAUAUCUUGCAUAUACAGAGGACAUGAAUCUAUGACGCAUGUUUUAGGACAUAGGAAAAAACAUUUACAAUCAGUAUUUCGAACGUGGAAACUGCAAGGUCCAUUGGCUGGUUUGUCGAUGGCUGUAUGCAUGAGUGACACUGCCAUUUUAGUGGACAUUCUUACGCUGCUCAUUUCUAGACCUUCAACAUGGACCCUAGAUUUUUGUCAAUUACUCUUACCAGUUAUAUGUGAUCUACUACGUAGCAAAUAUGAAACGUACGUUACAAUAGGAUGUAUGUCUUUAAAACUCAUAAUAAAAAACUUUGCUCAUGUUAUUAAGGUCAAUAUAACAGCUCCAAAAAGUAUAGGCAUUGACAUAUCAAGGGAGGAAAGGUACAAAAAAUGCAGAACGUGUUUUAGUCAUCUCAUGUCAUUGCGUUCCAUAGUACUACAACGCCAGUCUAGUGAAGGCCAACUAGGAAAAUUAUUCACAGAACUCUAUGAAAUGUUGAGGUCGCUUGAAAUUUAG